AUGGCGCGUACCCUGAAACUAUCUGCUCGCGUCAAUUGCAAGUCUAUCAAGUCCGUGACUGUUUAUAAACGCGGUUCUGUCCAGGGCCUUUUCGGAGCGGGAUCGGCGGGGAAGACUAGCAGUGCAGAGAUCGUGCGCGUCUUCCCCCUCAACCUCCAGCCGGGAAACACGAAAAUCGAGAUCACUGAGCUGCCUAGUUGCAUCGACACGCAAUCUGUGCGCGUCUCGGGGCUCGGCGAAGCGCGACUAUUCGAUGUGGUGUGCACGGCCCUCGCUCCGGGAUCCAAGCCAACCGCAGCGGAGGGUGAGGCCGUGCGUCUGCUGCUGAAGGAGAAGCAGCUGCUCGAGAGCCAGCGAAGCGUGCACGACCACGAGUCGGACGUGCUCGUCAACUACGCCAAGACGCUCAAGGGUGAACAUGUCCCCCCUGCGGAGAUGGUUGAGUUCCUGCAGAGUUUCGUGCAACAGGGACGUAAGAAUCUCGAGGCUGUGGCCGAGAUCGAUGAGAAGCUCGUCGCGGUGGAGCGUAAGAUCGAGGCUGAGCGCGAGAAGUCGGCAGCGAGGAAAGGCGCAACCGAGGGACAGGUCGUCAUCGUCGUCGGGGCCGAUAGUGCGACCAGCGUUGAGCUCAAGUUGACUUACAUCGUUGCGAAUGCCGCAUGGGACAGUGCGUAUGAGCUGCAUUCGACCACAACGAACGGCAAACCAGAGUCCGCUGUAUCUCUCCAUUACCGUGCUCGCAUCGUCCAAAGCACCGGGGAAGACUGGACCGAUACGGCACUCACACUGAGCACCGUCGCUGCUUCCACCGUGGUCAAGGACAUCCCUCUGCUCCGACCGAUCAAGAUUCAGGCGCAAGCUCGGGGCGGAGGGCUGUUUUCCAACAACAAUCAUACGGGCUUCAAAAACCAACUCCCCCAGGCCUCUUCGAAUAACAUGGGCCCGCAAGCCUUAUUUGGUCAGAGACCACCGCAGCAGGCUCCUUCCGGCACCUCCAUCUUUGGCUCGGCCGGUGGGGGACUUUUCGGGUCUUCGCAGGCGCCUGCGCAACAACAGCAACAACACCCAGCGACGGGCGCAGCUUUCGGUGCCUUCGGCGGAGGCGGGACCACGACCUUAGCGACUGCUGCUGCUCCGGCAGACGGCGACAUCGAAGUCGGGCCGUCGGAAGACUUCGAGGAGAUUGCGAUCCCGGAUGUGCAAUCUGGGCCGACGACGAUCGUGAGCGAGACGCCGCUGGCGAUGACCUAUGCUGUCGACGGUAACACGACGGUCCCCAGUGACGGGACGGCGCACCAGGUGUCGAUCGCUAUUCUGCCUUUUGAGGCCAAGAUCUCGCAUAUCUGCACCCCGCGCAUCGAUCCCGGGUGUACUUGCGGUGCCACUUUCGUAUCCAAGACGUCCAUCGGGGAAAUCAAUACAGGCGACACGUUCACGUGCACACUCGGCCACGACGUUUCGACCAAGGUCACCUACGCGCGGAGCUCCAAGACCGUCACAGCGUCGGCCGGCUCCUUCCAAGAGACGAUGAACACAACGACCUACACCACCAAAAUCACGAUCACGAACAAACACGCAUUCAAGCUCGCCGAUCUGCUCGUGCGCGACGUCAUCCCCACCUGCGACGACAAGCGCGCCAAGGUCAUCCUGCGCAAGCCGGACGGCCUGGCGGAUUCGAAAGACGGCGAGCUGGUCAAGCUCCAGCAGGCAGGCCUCCAGGUCCAGUGGGGCAAGGGCUCGGGCGAGAAAGAUGGGCGGUUCGAGUGGAUGUGGAGCGUCGAGUCUGGAGCAUCGGUGGCGCUCGAGGCUGAGUGGGAACUAAGGGCGCCGGCGGAUGUGAGCUGGGUCGAGCAUGUGCCCCUCUUCGCCUGAGGGAUUAAUACAAAAUAUGUUAUAGUUUCU